AUGUCUCGUCGGUCGUCUUCCAGCAAGAACGCCAAGGUUACCCUUCAGACGGAGAAGCAGAACUUCGUCAAACUGGGAAAACCCAAGGACGUCACCAGGAUCGGGGUCAGGGAAGUCGAGGAGAACAGAGAGGACAUCAAGCCAGGAGAUUGCGUGUACAUUAGGCCACCAGAGCUGAGGGCUCGUACUAUAGAGGGGUUCCAUUACUGGAAGGCGCAAGUGAAGGAGAUACGCGGAGAUGGUGAUGACGAGGCAUUCCUCAUCACUUGGUUUUAUACGGCCGAGGAAGCCAGGAAGAAGAGCCUCCUCCCUGUCCUCCCUGCUCAGGACGACCUGAAGAAGGUUGUUGACCACAUGGGACGGAACGAGUUGCUGAGCUCGGAUCACGAGCAGGUCAUAAGUAGUCAGACCGCCGAAGACAUUGUGGACGUUGUCCGCUUUGAUGAUAGGGGCCCGUUCAGCCCAGAAAAUGUGCACCCCAAUGACUACUUCACGCGGUUCAGGCUGGUGACCAAGGAGGGUCGUCCGCACUUCCUGGACGUGACUAAACACUGCACUUGCCAGACAGUGUAUGACCCCGACCAAGACGUGCAGCGCUUCUGUCUCUCGUGUGUGAGAUGGUUCGACCAGGCAUGUAUGACCAAGAGCACGGCCGGCCCACUGGUGCCCUUUGAAGAAGGGCAGGAAGAGACUCCAGCUGAGGAGGUCAAGCGCUUCCUCAAGUCACCCAUCAUUCGAGGGUAUAGUGGAGGGCGACACCUAUACUGGGAGAUCGUUGGUACGGGCAGGUUGCUCAAUCAGGUGACGGCCCUGGUCAGUGGCCUGUUUGACGGUGAGGUGCCUGACUGGAAGACAGGCCUUCCUGAGGGAUUUGUGGAGGCGAUGGAGGUGCUCCGGGCGAUGCCCGGCUACAUAUGCCCCUCAUGUGACAGGGCCAUUUAG